AUCAUUUUUGGAUAAGAUAUUGUAUGGCAAUUUAAAAUAUCCAGCAGAAACCAGUAAUUGGAUGUUAAUAGAUAAAAUAUUUUAUGGUUUUUUAAUAUAUCUAAUGGAUACCCAUCUGAAGUAAUUGUUGGGUAAGACAUUAUAUGGUUAUUUGACAAAACCAAUGUAUAUUCACUGGAUGUACUGUGCUGUGUGGGUUUACGCUGUAGGUCGGAACCUAGUUUAAUUAAUUUAUUAUCUACAUUUUUUGAGUUUUCUAAAAAUUGUAAUGCUUAAAUAAACAGUAAGCGAAUCAAAAUUAAUAAAAUAUUUGUUAGGUACCAACAUUUAUAAAAAGUGUUGAAACAGAAACAGGUUCUAAAGUUAAAAUAUUAAGAACGGAUAACGGGUUAGAAUUCGUGAAUAAAGAAAUGAUAGGUAUUUUGCAAAAAUACGGCAUACGACACCAAUUGACAGUUCCAUAUACGCCGGAACAAAAUGGAAAAGUCGAACGAGAGAAUUGUACAAUCGUUGAAUCAGCAAGGACCAUGAUUUGUGCGAAAAAUCUGGAUGUCUCACUUUGGGCAGAAGCUGUAAACACGGCUGUUUACACGCUAAAUCGGACAGGUACUAGUUCGGUUAAGAAUUGCUCGCCAUACGAGUUAUAUUACAAGAUUAUGCCAGAUAUAAAACAUUUACGAGUUUUUGGUACUGUCACACAUACCAAAACAAAAACGUAAGAAGUGGGAUCCAAAGAGUGAAAAAGGUAUAUUUAUUGGCUAUUCGAAUAACACGAAAUGUUAUCGCGUGUAUUAUUUGAAAACAAAUACAAUUUCGUUGUCUAGAGACAUUAUAUUCGAAAACGAAAGUAAUAAAUUUGUGAAUAUAAUUGUAGACAAAUUAGAAUUCACAGAUACACCGACUCAGAUCAAGGACGAUCCGGUCAAGGUCGAAUCGACGAUGGUCGACAACAGGGGUGGCAUGGUAUUGCGGGAUCGGAACACAUUAAGGCUCGGUACACACAUGCGUUAUUUUGACGUGCGUCACCGCUGCGUCAUCGUAAUAGCGAGGCGUUCUAUUUAUAAUUAAAUUGACCGAUACACAUACGUCUCCGUCACCAUGCGUUAUCGUACAAGCUCGCACGAGACCAAAAAUACUCCGAUAACGCAACGUCAAAAUAUCAUAAAUGCGGCGUUUCAUUACAUAGCGAGUUAUUGAUCGAUAAACACGUGUUUUUAUCGUGUAGCGAUCUGUGACUAUCUUAACUAUUUACUCACUAGUUUGCUAUCAAUCACAUUAUAAAUGUACGUAAUCAUAUAGUAUACGCGCCGCGUAAAUAUAAAUAUAAUACGCGAGCGUAAUAAUAAUAAUAAUAUCAAUGGUAUCGCGUAGUGUAAUAGCGCGUGACCAUGAGCGGCGUUUGGCACUAGAUAUAUGACUACGUAUAUAAAUAAUUCUAAAAUAAUAUAAACUAGGAUUUGUGUUGUUAUAUUAAAUAACACCACAUAUUUUGCAACAACAAUAAAUAUAUGUUAGACAUCCGGCGUGUGCAAGCGUGCGCCCAGAUAGCAAUUAGAAAAUAUUUAUAUUGUAGACAUAUGUUUUUCUUGUGUUCUUAGAAAUAUUUUGUUUAAAAACAUUUUGACAAUAUGUUUAAUUGAUAAACAAAAAUGUAUUUAAAAAUAACUAUUUAAAACACAUUGAAAUAAUAUGUUUUUCACGUAAUGAAGAAAAUAUUGUAGAAAACAUUAAUAAAAUAUAAGUAGACAACGUUUUUCUAAAAUUAUUGAUAACAGAUGUUCUUGUAAAUAUUGUGACAAUGCGUUUGUUGAAUGCACAGAAAAAUAUUUUAAGGAACGCUAAGUAAAAAUAUUGAGACAACUUAUUUCUAUAUAUUAUUUAUAACAUAUAAUCUGGUAGAGAUUGUGGCUAUGUGUUUAUCUAAUGGACAGGAAAAUAUUUUAAGGAACAUUAAGUAAAAAUAUUGAGACAACGUAUUUCUAUAUAUUAUUGAUCACAUAUGUUCUUGUAAAUAUUGUGAGAAUGUGUUUAUUUAAUGGACAAGAAAAUAUUUUAAGGAACAUUAAGUAAAAAUAUUGAGACAAGGUAUUACUAAAUAUUAUUGAUCACAUACUAAAAUAUUUUUAUACCUAAUAUACUAUAAAAUAUAGCUGAUCCUAACUAUCCUGGAUGAUAAUAAAUAAUAAUAGACUCUACUGGCAUUGUCGCAAUGACGCGCGAGACGAAUAUUAUUAUUCUUUGUAUAUGUGAUAUUUAUAGCGGAAUAAUAAUAUUUUCCGUAUUCUUUAGUACCCCUAUGAAUAUUGUACAUUAUUAAUAAUACUACCUACUAACUAUAAUCGAUAUAAUCGCGCGUUGCUAACUGUGAUCUUUGAACAUUAUCAUAGGUAUUAUCGUGUUAUUUAUUAUUAUUUAUAUUGGUAUUUGGUAUUGCGUAUUUGCGUGUCGUGUCGUGUCGUUGUCAUUCGUGUCUGCAGACCUGCAGUUGCCUGCAGUUGCUGCCCUGUCCGUCUUGCCGCCUGCGACUUCAUAGUCAUAACUCCUAAGUCACUGAUCGUAAGUAAUUUAGCUUGUGUAUAUUUAUAUUAUAAUUUAUACUGGAGUAUACAUUUGAAUAUUUAGUUUAUUGUAUUAUAUUUUGAUUGCAGUUCCGACAGUUUUAUAUAAAACCUACCUCGCUGUUUAUUACCUAUACCUAUUGUUUUGUGGUUUUGAACAAAUUAAGUAUAAUACGAUGUGGACAGUUGUUGUAUUCCAAAAUGAUAAUACUGUCGCUGCUGUACCAACAAAUUGGUACAAAGAUGGUUUAUGUGCUUGGCCAAAAAAAGCUGUCAAACAUAAAAGUGACUUGAUUAAAAAUCAGACUGAACCAACUAGGUCAGAAUUUGACCGUUUUCCAGCUAGACAACUAAGUUCUUCACCAAUAGAAUCACUUAUAGAAGCAGAAGAAAAGGCUGCAAAAGGUAUGUUUUUUUCAGACUUGUCAUCAGCGGAAGAAAACACAACAAAUGACAAUGUUGACAGAAAAAAGAAAUUGUACAAAGAUGUCUUUACUGAAAAAGAAAAAAAACAGUCCCAGCCCUCUAAAAAAAAGAGGUCCCUUAGUCCACCGCCAAUUUUUGACGACAGUUUUGAAGUUGAACUCGAAGAUAUAGCCAGCAAAGAUUUGUUAUGGCCAUCACAACAAUAUGUUUCUCCUUUAGCUAGUACCAGUAAAGAUCAGUUACCAAAUAUUUGUGAUGAUAACAUUGAUUCGCAAGUAAUUAGUUCUCAGGCAUCAAACACGAAAAUAUCACUAUUUUCUACUGAGACAGACAAUAUCAUUGACAAUAACAUAACAUUGGCUACAGGUUUUGAGGAAAAUAUGUUAUUUCAAAGUACACCAAAACCUGAUGCAUCAGUCCAAAUCCAACAUUCAAAUUCAAUUAAUGAUGCUGCGUUUGUUAAUUUUGUUAAAUCGUCCUUAAUAAAUAUAAAAUAUGACGUGAAACUCCUAUCAUAUUCAAUCGAUUCAUUAAAAACAAUUAUCCAAAACAUUGAAAUGAACACCUCACACAUUUCUGAUAACAAUGCACAACAAUGUAUUUCAAAUAUCCAAGAGUUAAAAUGGCCAAUAACAAAUAUGACCCAAUUGGACGAUAAUGAAAAAUUGUUGACAGAUGCUCUUGUAAAAAAUAAUGAAGUAGGACUACUGGCAAGGUUAGUAGGAAAAAGUAUUUCUGAGUCAGUUCGUCGUAUGAUGUCCAGGAUGUUUGAUGAUUCAUUUCUCCAAAAUUAUUCAUUUUUGGGUUUUAAAGGAAAACGCAAAUUUUCUGGAUUGAGCUGUUGUCUAUUACUAUUUGAUGCUAUAAGAAAAGAAAAAAAAUUCACUGCAACGCCGGACCAUGAGAUUUCCACCAUUGUUGCCAAGUGGUUAGCGCAGGCACCAAACCGAAUUUCCAAAAAAAAAAACAACACACUAGCUAACAAUAUAUUAUAAUUGUAUUCUAAUAAUUAUAUUCUUUUGGCCAUUAUACUUUACUUACUUAUGGAAAGUCACCAUAAUAAUUUGCAUACUACAAUAUAAGAUACUUGUAU